UGAGUUGGCAACACAAUAUGGAGUGGACCUGGUUCAAGGAUUGGUGGCGUCUCAAGAAGCUUCGGUCUCGCCAUCAGCGGCACAAGAAGAAACUGGAGGCGGCAGCCGCUGCAGCAGCUGAAGCGGCGGCGGUGACUGCUGUCACCAUUGUGCCGCCAGACUCGGAGCAUCAUCAUCAGACCCCAGAUGGUAGUGAUGCUGGACAGGAUGCUCAGCGCACGCAACGGCGGCACAGUUUGGAUGGUGGCAUAAAUCGACGACGUCGUGGUCGUGCCCGGGAUCGUGAUCGUUUGCGCAGGAAUCGUUUGCUGCAACGCCAGCGGAGGAGUCAAAGUGCAGGAGUUCAUGGACAGGCGGAUAAUGGGAAUCCCCUGAGAAAUCAGGAUGAUGAUGAUGAUGAUGAUGAUGGGGAAUAUGGACCCUUCAAUGUCAGCGAUUAUGAGGAUUAUGGACCUAUGCAUGGCAGCGAUGAGGAUAGCGAUGAUUUUUGCUUCUGCGAUGUCUGUUUGAAUGGCGACACCGAUUUCGGGGACAGCAAUGACGGCAUGGACUCCGAUACGAGCACCUCGUCCAGCAAUAGCAAACAGGUGGUCGUUGGCAUCUGUGCAAUGGCCAAGAAGACACAAUCAAAGCCAAUGAAGGAGAUAUUGACACGUUUGGGAGAGUUUGAGUUUAUCAAACUGGUGACAUUCGAGGAGAAUGUGAUAUUGCGAGAGCCCGUCCAGAAUUGGCCCACCUGCGACUGCCUGGUCUCGUUCCACUCGAAGGGAUUCCCGCUGGAGAAGGCCAUCGAGUAUGCCCAGCUGCGGAAUCCCUUUGUGCUGAACAACCUGCAUAUGCAGUACGAUAUCCAGGACCGCAGGCGGGUCUAUGCCAUUCUGGAGAAGGAGGGCAUCGAGAUACCGCGCUAUGCCGUUCUCGAUCGGGAUUCACCGGACCCAAAGCAUCACGAGCUCAUUGAAUCCGAGGAUCAUGUGGAGGUGAAUGGCAUCACCUUUAACAAGCCAUUUGUGGAGAAACCUGUAUCGGCGGAGGAUCACAACAUCUAUAUAUAUUAUCCAACAUCGGCGGGUGGCGGUAGCCAGCGGUUAUUCCGUAAAAUUGGCAGCCGGAGCAGCGUUUAUUCACCGGAAUCGAGGGUGCGAAAGACGGGCUCAUUCAUCUAUGAGGAUUUUAUGCCCACCGAUGUAUACUUUUCAGGCACCGACGUCAAGGUCUACACCGUCGGUCCGGACUAUGCCCAUGCGGAGGCCCGCAAGAGUCCAGCGCUCGAUGGCAAAGUGGAGCGCGAUAGCGAGGGCAAAGAGAUUCGCUAUCCGGUCAUCCUUAAUCACUCCGAGAAGCUCAUCUCCCGAAAGGUGUGUCUGGCCUUUAAGCAAACCGUUUGCGGUUUCGAUCUGCUGCGAGCCAAUGGCAAGAGCUAUGUCUGCGAUGUGAAUGGGUUUAGUUUCGUGAAGAAUUCGAAUAAAUAUUACGAUGACUGUGCCAAGAUCUUGGGCAAUAUGAUUCUACGCGAGCUAACGCCCACGCUGCACAUCCCCUGGUCCGUGCCCUUUCAACUGGACGAUCCACCCAUUGUGCCCACCACUUUUGGCAAAAUGAUGGAACUGCGCUGUGUGGUGGCUGUGAUUCGGCAUGGUGAUCGAACGCCCAAGCAGAAGAUGAAGGUGGAGGUGCGGCAUCCCAAAUUCUUUGAGAUCUUUGCCAAGUACAAUGGCUACAAACUGGGUCACGUGAAGCUCAAGCGACCCAAGCAGCUGCAGGAGAUCUUGGAUAUAGCUCGUUUUCUGCUCAGCGAGAUUCAUACCAAGGCUCAUGCCGAAAUCGAGGAGAAGGAGAGCAAACUGGAGCAGCUUAAGAACGUCCUGGAGAUGUAUGGUCACUUUUCGGGCAUUAAUCGCAAAGUGCAGAUGAAGUAUCAGCCCAAGGGACGUCCUCGCGGCUCCAGUUCCGAUGACACAGCGGAUCAGCCGGCGGAGCCAUCGCUGGUCCUCAUCCUCAAGUGGGGCGGCGAAUUGACGCCGGCGGGUCGCAUCCAAGCGGAGGAGUUGGGUCGCAUCUUUCGGUGUAUGUAUCCAGGGGAGGGAAGGGCAGACUAUUCGGGCACUCAGGGAUUGGGGCUGCUGAGGUUACAUUCAACAUUCCGUCACGAUCUGAAGAUUUAUGCCUCGGACGAGGGUCGUGUACAAAUGACUGCCGCUGCUUUUGCCAAGGGUCUGUUGGCUCUGGAGGGUGAGCUGACGCCCAUUCUAGUCCAAAUGGUGAAGAGCGCCAAUACCAAUGGAUUGCUGGACAAUGACUGUGAUUCCAGCAAGUAUCAGAAUCUGGCCAAGGGUCGCCUCCAUGAGCUCAUGCAGAAUGAUCGGGAGUUCACCAAGGUGGAUCGUGAGCUUAUCAAUCCCUGCAAUAGUAAAUCCAUUACUCAGGCUCUGGACUUUGUCAAAAAUCCAGUGGACUGCUGUCACCAUGUUCUGCUGCUCAUUCGCGAAUUGCUCCAUAUAAUCAGCAUCAAAAAAGACGAUCCCAAGACCAAGGAUGCUAUUUUGUACCAUGGUGAGACCUGGGACCUUAUGCGCUGUCGCUGGGAGAAGAUUGAGAAGGAUUUCAGUACCAAAUCAAAGCUUUUCGAUAUCUCCAAGAUACCUGAUAUCUACGAUUGCAUCAAGUAUGAUUUGCAGCAUAAUCAGCAUACGCUGCAAUACGAUCAGGCCGAAGAGUUGUAUAUUUAUGCCAAGAAUCUGGCGGAUAUAGUGAUACCGCAGGAAUAUGGCCUGACGCCGCAGGAGAAACUGGCCAUUGGUCAGGGCAUUUGUUCGCCGUUGCUUCGCAAAAUCAAGGGUGAUUUGCAGCACAACAUUGACGAGGUGGAGGAUGAGUUUAUGAAUCGCCUGAAUCCGCAUUAUAGUCAUGGCGUUGCCAGUCCUCAGCGGCAUGUCCGUACGCGUUUGUACUUUACCAGCGAAUCGCAUGUCCAUUCGCUGCUCACGGUCCUUCGGUAUGGUGAGCUUCUGAAUGUUGUCACCGAUGAGCAAUGGCGUCGAGCUAUGGAUUAUAUUUCCAUGGUAACGGAGUUGAAUUACAUGUCGCAGAUUGUCAUCAUGCUGUAUGAGGAUCCCACCAAGGAUCCCACAUCCGAAGAGCGUUUCCAUGUUGAGCUGCACUUUAGUCCCGGCGUCAACUGUUGCGUUCAAAAGAAUCUGCCACCGGGUCCCGGCUUUCGGCCUCACUCCCAUGGUGAUAAUGCCAGCAAUGUGAGUCUGAAGUCAUCGGAGGAAUCAAAUCCUGCUCGGAUUGAGGAGGAGAAUGACUCCAACUCGGGCGAAGAGCAGAAUGGCAAGAAACGUUCGGUGAGUUGGAGGAGUUUAUAUUGUAUCUCAGAGAUAAUUAAGGUUGUGAAUCUUUCGCAGACUGGCAGCUCAGAUCGUGCCUCGCCUGCCUUCGGUUUCAAUCGUUUAGAGCUACGUUCCAAGCAGUUUAAAUCCAAGCCCAUACCCAUUGGCGCCCAUCACACGGUCAGUGGUCAUGAGGCCAUGGAUUUGGCCAAGCGGCUCAAUGAGGAGCUGGCAUCGCAGCAGCAGCAGCAACACCACAUGCAGCAGCAUCAGCAGCAACAGGGAGAACAAUAUAACCAGCAGCAACUGAGACCCAUUAGUCCGGAUAUGCGGGCAGUUAGUCCCGAUUGUGAGCCAAGAUCCCGGAGUUUUGAGCAGCGACCAUCGCCGGGAGUUUGUGCCAAGAUGCCGGAUAGCCAAGUUACGGUGUCGGUUUCGGCCUCGGUAUCCUCGGCCAACUCUUCCACGUCGUCGCGGCGCCAAAGACACAGUAUUGCCGGCCAGAUGUCCUAUAUGAAAAUGUUGGGUUUCGGUGGUUUUAAAAAGAUGGCCACCAGUGCGAAUAGCCUUUUCAGCACCGCCGUCAUCAGCGGCAGCUCGUCCGCCCCAAAUCUGCGCGACAUGAUACCGGUAUCAUCAUCCGGUUUUGGCGAUGUGCCGCCUAUACGACCGCUGGAGACGCUUCACAAUGCUUUGUCGCUGCGCAAGCUCGAUGGCUUCCUGCAGGACAUGAUCCUGGCGCAGAUCUUUAAGACGCCAACAGGUUCACCGCCGCGUGGCUUUGAGGCCAAUGCCGUGGCUGCUGGCAAUAUGCCGGCAGUGUCCUCCAUCGCCAUGACAACGGUGGCCAAGGAUGCCUUCGGCCAGGGAGGCAGUGAGUCAGGAUCUAGAAUUGAGGCAACCCAGGAAACGAAAGAGGAGAAAUUUAAGCUGUGGCAAUCGCAGCCACCACCACCACCGCCUCCAGCAGAGUGUCUCCUGCUGGCCGCCCAAGAGCCGGAUGAGUAUCUCCAGGAUGUGGAAAUGAAAUCGCUGCAGCCCAGCUUGGACAUUACCAUGGAGAUUAUGGAGGAGACUGCUCCCGCCUCCUUUGAGCCAAUGAACCAGGACAGCCUCGAGGCGGGCGAGGAGGGAGCCGUUGGCGGCAUUUUCCUUAGCGUCUGCGAGGAGCAGGGAAGUGGCAGCACCUGCCUAACCCCCGUCAGCUUUGGCAUGGAUCUGGAUCUGAGCAUGGUGGCCAACAAGGGAUCCAUGACGCUCUCAAUGGAUGGCUUCGAGGACGAUGAGGAUGCCACACUUUCGGCGGCCACAACGCCCUCCCUGCCAGCGGAUAGCUGUGAGCCUCGAUUGGAGACCUGCUACUGCUGUCCCAGCCAUGCGGAUGGUCCACCGGAAGUGGACACCGAUGAUCCGCGGUAUGGCUUCGCCCUGCCCGUUCGUGUGACCCAGGCAUCACCGGAGCAUGGACGUCCCAUGCCUGUGGCCCGUCGUGCCCAUGAUCCCGUCUCGCCGCGUAUACAAAAGCAAAUCAGUCUGUUUGAGGGUGGCGGAGGCGGAGGCGGCAGUGGAGGCGUGGCGCAGGAGAAGUCCGACUCUACGGGUGGCGGUGGUGCCAUUCUACAUGCUUCCAUCAAUUUGCCGGCAGCUGGAGCUCAACAUCUGCGCCAGGAUGCACGCCUGCGCAAAUUCGAGAAUUUAACGCAGUCCACAUCCAACUCGAACUUUCCCUUUGAGAGCAACACCCUGAAGCGAGUGCCCAUGCAGGCCACCGGCGGUGAUUACGGCAAUGUGAGUCAUACCCAGAGUUGUAUUAAUCUCAAGAGCGGAAGUAGCGGUGUCCUGGCCGGGGGAUCACCACAGCAUCAGCGAGGAGGAGGAGGUGAAGCCGGAGCAGGAGCAGGAGCGGGAGGAACUGCAGCAAGUGGAGCUAUGCCAGCAGAGCGAGGACGAGCACAACCGGCACCGAUGCCAGCUCUCUAUGGACGCCUGGGCAAUCCAUGUUGCUCCUCUGCCUCGGCUUCAGCAUCGGCUUCCCCAACGCCAUCGCCGUCACCCUCACCUGGGGCACUGAUCGUCAAGGAGCGGUUCAUUGAGCCACCCAAGCGGGGCAUUGUUCGCGGCUAUCAUGCCAAGACACAGUCCAUGGAUGCUGAUUUCCUGUUCAACGAGUUUCUCCUGCUGCCGGCCAUGGCGCCAGCGAAAUUAUCGUUCGAUAGCUCCGAUAUCGAUAGGGCCAGCGAUGAUGAGGCCAGUUGCUCCUCCUCGACGAAGAAGAGGCACUCUUAGCUUAUGCCUUCAACUGCUAAAUCCUCUACAAAGCACAAGUAAUUCGCAUUCUAUACAAAAUCUCUUACUAUACAUUACGUAAUUUCCUGCUGCUGUUAACGAUAUUAAAGUAAACGUAAUCGUAAAUGCUAUCGCAUAUUGGCGUGGAUUAUCGCACAGAGAUCGAUGGGACUCUUUAAUCUUAAUCAAACUUGUUGUUGUUGUUGGGCCAAGCAAAUAAAAAUAAAAGGCUAAUCUCUAUUUUUCUGUCUACAA